CCAAGCAUGGGCUCAGAGGGGCAAAUAUACCACUCUUUCAAAUGAGUUGAUAUUUGGACUAUCUUUAGCACCUCACCUGGGGGAGGGAUCACCACAUCAAAAUUCAGGCUGACCACCACAGAGGAAUUUACCACCCAGGACAACAAAACGGCAUAUUUGUUUGGACAAAAUUCAUCUCAACAUACUGAGACACAAGAGGAUUUAACCUUGGAUUUUGGAUUAUAAUAGCAUUUUGGAGUGCUCAUUAAAUCUAUAAAAUUUUUCAGUUUCCAUCCUUGGAACCAGAGAUCUUUUUGCAUUCUUGAAGUAACAAGUCUUUGCUGAAAUCAUGGUGUGGGCUAAAAUGAAGUUCCCCUUUGAGAAAAGGGUGAAGCUAGCUCAGAGUUUGUGGAUGCUCUCCUUGCUGGCCACUGUUGGUGGAGCAGUCACCUUCUGUCUUGGGUGCUUCUUGAAGACAGAACUACGCAAGAGAGGAGAGGUGAUGGACAACACAGAGAUCCACAUUGUCCCAAACACCCUCAUUCUGGCUGGAUUGGCCUCCAUGGGAAUCAAUUGGUUUGCUGGUAGGAUUUGCCAGGACGCCCUGGAUGCCACCCGCUUCCCACGCUGGAAGACCUUCCUAAAACCCUACUUCUGUUGUACCAUCUUCUUCACCACCCUGCUGCUGAUUGGAGUCAUUCUAAGUUACGCCAUGAAGGGCAGCCUGGAGGGCUCGCUGAAGGUCGGCCUCAAGAAUGGCAUCCGCUUCUACAAGGACACGGACACCCCAGGUCGCUGCUUCCAGAAGCAGACCAUUGAUCGCCUGCAGAUGGAGUUCCGGUGCUGCGGUAACAGCGAUUACAAGGACUGGUUUGAGGUGCAAUGGAUCAGUAACCGCUACCUGGACUUCAGCUCCAAGGAGGUUAAGGAUCGUAUCAAGAGUAAUGUGGAUGGGCGUUACCUAGUGGAUGGUGUACCCUUCAGUUGCUGUAACCCAAGUUCCCCUAGACCCUGCAUCCAGUACAAACUGACCAACAACUCUGCCCACUACAACUAUGAGCACCAAACUGAGGACCUCAACAUCUUCAUUCGUGGCUGCAGGGAAGCUCUGGUUGGCUACUACAUGGGGCUGAUGAACAGCAUUGGUGCUGUAGUGUUGACUGUCUUUAUCCUUCAGAGUACAGUGGUUGCAUGCCUAAGAUAUCUGCAGACCUCCAUGGAAGCUGUGGUUGGGCAGGAGAAUACAGAGAUGGAAACUGAGGGCUACCUGCUGGAGAAGAGUGUGUCAGAGACCAUUAUGGAGUACCUUGACCCUGUGAUGAAGCUCCUUCUGAUAAACCAGGUGGAAGAUGGGCAGGUCAAGGCAGAGGCAGGGGCUGCUGGGACAUCCGGUGCAACAACUGGGUCCUAAAAAGCAACAUUUAUUUGGUUCAAUUAAAUAGAUGACCCAGUACAACUGGUACUUGGCAAAUAUAUCGUUUUUCAUUUUUAGCAAUGAGCAAUCUCAUAUGUACAUUAUUGUAAAUAAUGUACAAAGUCCAUUAGAACAAGUCUCUUCAAAACACUUUAAAAUCAAACCAUAAAAGUCUCAAACGUCAGUCAUAUAUGUUCAUUGGUAAUGGACUGUGUAUUAUAAUUAUUGGUUUAAGAUGUGAAGAUUCUGGGUAUAUUUGUCUACUAAGGUGAAGAAUGUUUGUGACAUCAUUCUCUAGGUGCCAUGAUGCAAGGAUAUUGAUAAUAUAUCUGAAUGUACCUAAGGUUAAGGAUUGUUCAACUCCCCAGUGUUUCUUAUGGAAGUCCAGAUUGUAUGUGUAUAUAUAUAUAUGAGAUUACCCUUUAGCAAACAUAUCUCAUAAUUAUCAUGUUGUUUAUUUGUUAAAAAUAUAAAUUCAAGUCCAGCUUGUAUCAGUUGCCCAAAUGAUGGAAAACUGGAAAUGUUAGAAACAUACUUAUACAAUGUGCAAGCAGAUAAUAGCAUUUUAAAUGAAAAAAAAAAAACUGCUGUAGUCAAACAGUGCUCAGCUAAGCAAAAUUGAGAAGUCAGAUUUAAUAAAAAACGUUGUUGUGUAGUGAACUUUUAUGUGAAUAGAUACAUGUUGAAAUAUCUCC